AUGUCUAAUAUGCCUAUAAUCCACGAGGACUCUGGAGAUGAGCGCUCAUCAGAGUCAUCGCCCUUCCAAUCUCCACCCGGCGGAUCCUCUCCUUCACCGUCAGGCCGCAUGCGCUAUCACAUAGCCAACACGCUAAUGGAAUCACCUGAGCGAAUUCAGCCCUCUCGAGUUCGCUUACGAGAGACGAAAUCUUUUCUCGCACCGGCUAACAGACGCCUUUUUGGAGUACCGGGCGCAUCCUCUCUUCCACAGACAGGCACAUCUUGGGUACCGACACCGGCCAUGGAACAUUGGAAAGCACAACUUAUCGAUCGCUCUCCGUCAAUACCAGUCUUUCCUUUUACAAAACGCGGAUUCCGGUUCCACAAAGCACCCCCAUCCUUUCACUUCCACGACCUCGCUGUCUCCCCGGCCCUAUCCUUCAACAUCCGCUUCCUGUGCCAGAAUAACGAGUAUUCCGAAGUUGAUUUCGGUCUUGCUGCGCUCCAAGUGCUUCUUGUGCAGCUCACUGAAACCGACGACUUUGUAAUCGGACUUGGACGUAUAUUGGGUGCGAGGCGGGAUAUAAUGCCCGUCCGGUUCAAAUGCGAUCCCGCGCAUACGUCACAACAACUUCUCGAACAGACGGUGGAGACAAUGCAGGACACGAAAAUAUAUCUUUAUGAGCCUUUAAAGGUGCUUCUAGCUGAGUUAGGGGCCUCUACAGAAACGCCGUUGCACCAAGUUACUUUCAACUGGCUUUUAAGUGGUCAACCGGCGGAGGGUAGUACGGACAUGUACUUUCAACAUGCGCAAGAUCUUGUCUUGCUUGUGAAGGAAGAUGAUGAUCGCAAUCUAGUCGUUUCUGUGGGCUUGGAUCAAACCACGUACGACGAGGAGUUUGCGAAAGUCGUUGCGGAGCUCUAUGUAAGCGCUAUGGAGGAGGUGGUUGCCGAUAGCGAUACCAGUAUCUCUGAAAUGGACCUUCUUGACCCGGAAGAGCGUCAGUCGAGUAUGAUGCCUGGGGCAGGGCCCGUUGUUGAGUCAUCAUCUAAUGGCGUUGUUCAGAAAUUGCAAGAAGUCGCUGCGAGGAUUCCUGAUCAUAUCGCUGCGAAGGAUCAGCAUGGACAGGAACUCCUUACCUAUGAACAACUUGUACGACGUGCCGUAGCUAUUUCGUCGGAUCUGUUGAGCUACGGAAUUGUCAGGGGUACUGCAGUGUGCGUACUAGGCCCGCCUACUCUCGACCUACUGUGUAGCAUCAUUGCGAUAUGGUGUGCCGGCUGCAUCUACGUCCCCAUUGAUAAUUUAGCUUCUUUGGAAGACAGCUAUGCUAUCGCCAAACAUUUCGAAACAGAAUUUUGUGUGGUCAGCAGACCGGAAUUGAUACCGUACGCCUGUCUGCUUGGUUUGAACGAUGCUUUCUACUGUGGCGAUAUGGAAUUCAAUAACGACUUCGAGAAGAUUGAUAAAUCGUUGCCUAGCGACCUUGCGGCCGCACUACAUGUCCCAAUGUCAGGCACUACAUCAAGAUCUGUCUUAUUGUCGCAUGGGAAUAUAGAGACACUGAUUACUUCCAUUGCAUAUAACUUCGAUGAAGAGAACCAGGUGGUACUCCAGCAUAGCAACUGGACAUCUGAAUUGGCACUCUUCCAGAUUCUUUUUGCUCUUACAUCUGGAAGCACACUUGUUCUAGCUACAAGGCUAGAAGAGGCGGACGUCCCGAAAGUCAUGGCCCAAGAAAAGGUUACUGUCACUGUGGCCACACCUUCGGAAUACUCUGCAUGGUUCCGACAGCCGCUCAACAUGCUCAGAGAAUGCAAUUCCUGGAAGUUCGCAAUCAUCAGCGGAGAGAACGUGUCCUCGAGCGUGGUUCGCCACUUCGCCGCUCUGGGGAACAACAAUCUGGAGCUUAUCAACAUGUAUGGUGCAACGGAAACUUCUGUUGCUUGCUGCAUGGGUUCCGUCGACUAUAAUGAAUACGUGGAUGAUACAGACGGCAAGUUGAUCCCGGUUGGACGGGCCCUCCCGAACUAUCAAAUUUGGGUAGCCGAUUCUCUUGGCCGAGCACUCCCUCCAGGAUGGACUGGAGAUAUCUGGGUCACAGGUUCGGGCGUCAUCGGUGACUACCCUGCUUCCGAGGCCGACAACCAUAGAAUCCAGCUUCAUCCGGAUACUGAAAUGAGAUGUUUCUGGACCGGCGAUCGAGGCUUUUUGAACGAUUACGAAGAAGGUGUGCUUUUUGUCAUCUUUCGGCAGUCAUUUGAGUCAGCAACGUACGUAAAAGGCCACUACGUUCAGCUAGGGGACAUCUCACGAGCCAUUGUCGACAAGUCAAUGGGCAGAGUAGCGGAGGCGGCCGUCGUUCUGAGCAAGGGCACCGAGCAAAAAGAGCCGCAACUUCAGGCUUUUAUCAUCAUGUCGGACACACCGGAUGGCGAAUCACAACAGUAUCUCCAGUCCAUGCUUCGGUCUCUUGCUCUUCCAACAUACAUGAGACCCGCGUGUGCAGUGAUGUUAGAAACGAUGCCCCGCACAUUGGUUGGGAAAAUCGACCGUCACGCUUUGAUGGAUAUGGUAGUGCCAGACAAUGAAGUGGUAAUGGUGUAA